AUGGCGAUUCCAUCAUUGGAAGUCAGUUUCAUCCAGGAGCGCGCAGGAGCAAUUGAUCCCGCUUUUGCCAUGCCGUCAACUUUUGAUGAGCAACGUGCGAUUGUCGGCCCAAAGGUGCAAAAGCAUGCACUCAAGGCUGCGAUGGAACAAUAUCAGGCUCUGGACUGUCGGCCAAAACUCGACCUUGACGUCAAUAACUGCUCGUGGCCUGAAGUGUUCAAGUUGUUGGAGACCGUCCAAGAGGACUAUGCUGCCAAGGCUAGAAAGGGACUCAAGGGCGCAUUUCGGAGAAUGGGGAGAGAUGCAGGAGAAAAUUCAGAUACAAUAAAACCGUUACUGGACAUUAUUCCUGACGAAUUUGGCGGCUCCGUCAUUCGAUCUGCUUUAGGUUGGAUGUUUAUAGUUGCAAAACAAAGCGCACAGGCGCGCACCGAGAUAUUUGAACUGUUUGCCGAGAUUCCGUCGAUUAUAAUGGAGAUUGGUGAAGCGCGAAAGGACUUUCCGCGUGAUGAUGAGUUGAUGCGCUUGGCUGAUUUGGCAGAAGCCGAGAUUGUCAACGCAACGCUGAAGCUCAUCAAGUUUCUUCUCCCCGAGCACCAUCUAGUCAAGAAAGUCUUUACAACGUUCUCUGAUGUGCCUUCUACUUCGUCUGUGAGCGAUAUCGUCUCCAAUGUACGAGCACGAGCCCAGGCACUGAAACGGGGUUCCGAUGUCCAUAUGAAAGGAGUCGGCAUUGACACGAACAGGAACACGCGGGUGCUUAUAAGAGAAACUCAGACGACUCGAUACAACACCUUUAUGAUAAAUGGAAAGGUGGAUCAAGUCGGACAGCAACUUCAGGACAUUCGUCGGGAUGAGCAAAAUAUGCUUGACAGACUCACUACUGCUAUUGAGGCACAGAAUGGUCUAUUUCGAUUUCUGCGCGAGAUGAGGGAGGCUUAUCAACAAGAACUGGAGAGUAUAAACUCUAGGCUUGCCUGGGCCUUGCAAAUGAGCGUCAAUUUGGAAAGACACAGAGCACAGACAGUCCCUGUCACCCUACUAUCGACCGAUCAGCUGCUGUUGGACCUCAACGUUACAAGUCAUCAACUUGUUGUAGAUCUCGAGCAAGCCUUACGGCAGGGCUCACGACUGGAUCGCCUUGCCAUGGGACAAGCACAGCAGCUGCUCAAAAUGGACCGGUUCUGGUCAUGGUACAGUCGGAUCUCUUCAGACUUGAUCACGGUGCACGGGAAAUUUACGAAUGAAGCCAUACACAGCCGCAUAUCACCUCUCUCCGCCACCUCUGCUACACUGGUUACAAGUAUCUUGCGCGAGAGGCAGGGGGACAUUGCACUGUACUUCUUCUGUGGCCAGCAUACAUCGUCACAAGAUCCCCUGGCAGGCCCGCGAGGAGUAAUGCGGUGUCUCCUCGCGAGACUGCUUCUUGAAGUACGUGCUAGAUGUCAAUUCGAUAUCUAUCUCGAACCAAUCAGUGCCAACGCCAUCGUCGAAGGGAACUACUCUUUUCUGCAUCGUCGACGGAAUGUCAUGGCUGGAUCAGCCCAGUCAUGUAGCCCAUACAAGUCGAAUGAUUCAGCUCUUCAGGUCACUGGCGACAGACCCACGAUUCCCGUUCAUCUUGAAAUUCAUGUUGACGGGGCCGUGGUCCCCCAGCUCAUUUGA